AUGGGAAUCCAAGCCGGUGGUUGGAGGGCAAUGGCUGGCGGCCUAGUCGCGAAGCCGUGCGACUCGUGCAAGAACUCCGCCGCGGCGCUGUUCUGCCGAGCCGACUCGGCUUUCCUCUGCUUGACCUGCGACGCCAAGAUCCACGCAGCCAACAAGCUGGCCACGCGCCACGAGCGCGUCUGGAUGUGUGAGGUCUGCGAGCAGGCUCCGGCGUCAGUCACGUGCAAGGCCGACGCCGCAGCCCUCUGCGUCACGUGCGACACGGACAUCCACUCCGCCAACCCCCUCGCCCGCCGCCACGACCGGGUCCCGGUCGAGCCGUUCUUCGACUCGGCCGAGUCUAUCAUCGUCAAGUCCGCCGCCGCCGCCUCCUCUGUCGACUCCCUCAAUUUCCUACUCCCAAACGGCGCCGUUCCGUCUCACACUAAAGACGAUGAAAACGACGCGGCGUCGACCUGGCUUAUCCCGAACUUGAAUUUCAACUCGAAGCUCCAGAUGGAUAUUGCUCCGGAUAUCAUCAAGUCCUCCGAGUUGUUCCUCCCCGAAAUGGACUCGUUGCUGGAGUUCGAUUACCCGAACCCGAUCCACCACGAUAUUUCGGGUACGGACAGUGUUGUGCCUGUUCAACCCGACCCGUUACCGCCCCCUUCACUCAACAUCAACCGCGUCUCUGCCGAGCAAAAUUGCUUCGACCUCGAUUUUUGCAGAAGCAAGCUUUCUUCUUCCUUCAGCUAUCCAACUCAGUCGCUCAGCCAAAGCGUUUCCUCGUCUUCCAUGGAAGUUGGAGUUGUUCCUGAUGGAAACUCCAUGUCCGAUAUAUCUUAUCCUUUCGGCCGAAACGCGAGCCAUACCGUUUCGGAUCCCAGCGCACAGUUCUCGGCGACCACCGCAAACCAAGUGGCCACACAGCUCAGCGGACUCGAUCGGGAGGCUAGGGUUUUGAGGUACAGAGAGAAGAGGAAGAACCGAAAGUUCCAGAAGACCAUCCGGUACGCUUCGCGGAAAGCGUAUGCCGAAACUCGCCCGAGAAUCAAAGGCCGGUUCGCGAAACGCACCGAAACCGAAAUCGAGGCCGUCGAUAACAUCUACGGCUCGGCUCAGGGGCCCUUUAUUCCUGAGACAUACGGCGUCGUUCCGACGUUCUGA